GCCAAAGGGAAGAAACAAUUCCCGCGGCCACUGGAGUUGAAGGGAAAGCUUAAGUUAAGCCAGCUCCCUUCUUUAUUCUUUACACUACAAAGAAAAAGAAAAGCAUCCAUUCAUUGCUGUGUUCAGUUUCUGUUAUUAGAACAAAAAUGUCUUCAUCGAAGCGCCAGAGUAAUGGCAGAUCACCACUGGUCAAUCCACAGCGUCAAAUAACUUCCUUCUUCUCCAAGACUACCUCCCCUUCCCCCUCUCCUUCUCCUUCUCCUACUUUCUCCAAAUUAAACCCUAAUAAAUUGAUACAUAACACUAACCCUAACCCUAGCUCUCAACGCAGUCCGAGCAAGAGUCCGACUACCCCAUCCCCCUUCCAACAUAAGCGUAAUAAACCUCGCCUUGUCAUCGGGGAAAACCCCUCUCCUCCUCCUUCUUCAACCCCUGCCACCACAAAAUCCCACGGAGAAGAAGUAUUGGAAAAGAGGAUCAGCGUUUACUGGCCCUUGGAUAAGGUAUGGUAUGAGGGUUAUGUAAAAUAUUUUGAUAAGGAAUGUAAUAAGCAUUUGAUUCAGUAUGAUGAUGGCGAAGAGGAACUGUUGGAUUUGGGAAAGGAAAAGAUCGAGUGGAUCCAGGGGAGUGUAACUGGUUUCAAACGACUGCGCCGUGGUUCUUCUCUAGCAUUCAAGAAGGUGGUGAUUGAAGACGAUGAGGAACUGGAGGGUGUAGAGGAAAAUACUGAUAGGGAGAGUGACUCAAGUGAUGAUGAUUGGGACAAGAAAUCAGAGAAGGAGCAGUUUAGUGAGGAUGAGGAAGUGGAUUUGGUAGAUGAACAAGAGGAGAAAAUGUUGAGAGGUAAGAAGCGGAAAGCUGAUGGAGGAGGGAAGAAGAUUAAGAGUGGUGGUGAAUUAGUUAAAGGAGGGUUCAAGGUUUCUGUUAUGGAGCCUAUGAAGGAUCUUGAGAUUGAGAAGGUAUCCGAUUUUGAUAAGGCACUUGUGGGUGAUUCAUCAGAAAGGUUUAGUGCACGUGAAGCAGAGAAGCUUUGCUUCCUUGGACCAGAUCGUCAUGAUGCAAAAAGGAGACGUCCGGGAGAUGCUAAUUAUGACCCAAGGACUCUAUACUUGCCUUCUGAUUUCUUAAAGAGUCUAUCAGGUGGCCAGAGACAAUGGUGGGAGUUUAAGUCAAAACAUAUGGACAAGGUUGUCUUUUUUAAGAUGGGAAAAUUUUAUGAACUUUUUGAAAUGGAUGCACAUAUAGGAGUUAAAGAACUUGACCUGCAAUAUAUGAAGGGAGGACAACCUCAUUGUGGAUUUCCAGAGAAGAAUUUCUCAAUGAAUGUGGAAAAAUUGGCUAGAAAGGGUUAUCGAGUUCUUGUGGUGGAGCAAACAGAAACUCCUGAGCAGAUGGAACUUCGCCGGAAAGAGAAAGGUUCUAAGGAUAAGGUUGUGAAACGAGAAAUAUGUGCAAUAGUCACAAAAGGAACCUUAACUGAGGGAGAGUUGCUAUCAGCAAACCCUGAUGCUUUGUAUUUAAUGGCAAUUACUGAAAGCAAUAGGACUCUUGCAAGCCAAAAUGCAGAGCGUAUUUUUGGUGUUUGUGUGAUUGAUGUUGCUACAAGCAGGAUAAUUCUUGGACAGGUUGGAGAUGAUUUUGAUUGCAGUGCACUGUGUUGUCUUUUGUCUGAGCUAAGACCUGUUGAAAUUAUAAAACCUGCUAAUAUGCUUAGUCCUGAAGCUGAAAGAGCGAUCAUGAGACACACACGGAAUCCCUUGGUGAACGAGUUGGCGCCUCUUUCAGAAUUCUGGGAUGCAGAGAAAACUGUUAAGGAAAUCAAAACUAUUUAUAAGUGUAUGAGUAAUCAAUCAGCUUCUGCAUUGUCAAGUAGAGCAGAUUCACAUGGUUUUAAUUCUCUUGCUGAGGAAGAUGAGUUGAGCUUCCUUCCAGAUGUUUUGUCAGAGCUAGUGAAGUCUGGUGAGAAUGGGAGCUUAGCUCUUUCAGCUCUUGGAGGCACCCUAUAUUAUCUAAAGCAAGCUUUUUUGGAUGAGACAUUGCUUAGAUUUGCAACCUUUGAAUUACUUCCAUGCUCUGGUUUUGGUGAUUUUGCCAGAAAACCGUACAUGGUUCUUGAUGCUGCAGCAUUGGAAAACCUUGAAAUUUUUGAGAACAGUAGAAAUGGAGACUCUGCUGGGACACUGUAUGCACAGCUGAAUCACUGUGUGACAGCAUUUGGGAAGAGGUUGCUGAAGACAUGGCUAGCUAGACCUUUAUAUAAUUCUGGAUUAAUUAAGGAACGCCAGGAUGCUGUUGCUGGUAUAAGGGGAGUAAACCUACCUUUUGCACUUGAAUUUCGGAAAGCCUUGUCUAGGCUUGCAGACAUGGAGCGGUUGCUUUCACGCAUCUAUGCUAGCAGUGAAGCUAAUGGAAGAAAUGCAAAAAAAGUAGUUUUGUAUGAGGAUGCAGCAAAGAAGCAGCUUCAAGAGUUCAUAUCAGCGCUUCGUGGUUGUGAAUUAAUGGCUGAAGCAUGUUCUUCACUUGGUGUUAUUUUGGACAAUACCGAUUCAAGACAGUUACAUCAUAUGUUAACUUAUGGUAAAGGUCUUCCCAACAUUGUUUCAAGUCUUAAACAUUUCAAGGAUGCCUUUGAUUGGGUGGAAGCCAAUAAUUCUGGACGUAUAAUGCCUCAUGAAGGAGCUGAUGUGGAGUAUGACAACUCUUGUAAGAAGAUUAAGGAGAUAGAAUCUAGUUUGACAAAACACCUAAAGGAACAAAGAAAAUCACUUGGAGACACAUCAAUCGCUUAUGUCACAGUUGGAAAAGAGGCAUAUUUGUUGGAGCUACCAGAAAGUUUGAGUGGACUAGUUCCUCAGGAUUAUGAAUUACGUUCCUCCAAAAAGGGCUUCUUCAGGUACUGGACUCCAAGUAUUAAGAAGUUGUUGGGAGAGCUUUCACAAGCUGAAUCUGAAAAGGAGUCAGCAUUGAAGAGCAUAUUGCAGAGGUUAAUUGGGCAAUUUUGUGAACAUCAUAAUAAGUGGAGACAGUUAGUUUCUACAACUGCAGAACUGGAUGUUUUAAUCAGUUUAGCUAUCUCAAAUGACUUUUAUGAAGGCCCGACAUGCCGUCCAGUUAUCUUAGAUUCCUCAUCUUCAAAUGAAGUGCCGUGCCUCUCUGCAAAAAGUUUAGGACAUCCUGUUCUCAGAAGCGAUUCUUUAGGCAAGGGUGCAUUCGUCCCUAAUGACAUUACCAUUGGUGGUUCUGGUAAUGCCAGUUUUAUUCUCCUCACUGGUCCUAACAUGGGAGGAAAGUCUACCCUCCUUCGCCAAGUGUGCUUAGCCGUGAUAUUGGCACAGUUGGGAGCAGAUGUCCCUGCAGAAAGCUUCAAGCUGUCACCUGUUGACCAAAUCUUUGUUCGGAUGGGUGCAAGAGAUCAUAUUAUGGCAGGCCAGAGCACAUUUUUAACAGAGCUUUCAGAAACUGCAUUGAUGUUGUCAUCAGCAACUUGUAAUUCACUGGUGGUGCUAGAUGAACUUGGACGUGGGACUUCAACUUCAGAUGGACAAGCCAUUGCGGAAUCUGUUCUUGAACAUUUCGUUGAUAAGGUGAAAUGUCGUGGAAUGUUUUCAACUCACUAUCAUCGGUUAGCUGUAGACUAUAAGAAAGAUCCCAGGGUCUUUCUUUGCCAUAUGGCCUGCCAAGUUGGAAAUCAAAUUGGAGGUGUAGAAGAAGUUACAUUUCUUUAUAGGUUGACCCCUGGUGCAUGCCCUAAAAGCUAUGGUGUCAAUGUUGCACGACUAGCUGGACUUCCUCACUCUGUGCUUGAAAAAGCAGCUGCAAAGUCCACAGAGUUUGAAGCUCUAUAUGGUUUUCGCAAUAAGGAAUUUAAAGAGGAACUGUCCAUUUACUAUUAUGCUAAUAAGGUGAUGGUCUUCAUCCAAGAUUUGAUCGGUGGCGCCACAACAUUAAGUUGCCAGUCUGAGGAAAAUGGUGUUAGUUACCUAUAUGAACUUCAGCACAGAGCAAGGUUACUUACGCAGCAAAACUAAAGGUUCCUGCUGCUUAAAAGACUGCAUGUGUCACAUCUGCAUGUACGUCAAUAUCAUUAUGGUGGUAAAAAAAUUUUUUAUGUGGACUCUUGGAUUGUUAAUUUUGACAUGGGACCAAAGGAUUUGAAAUCUGGAUUUUAUGUGAGAGAAAGUUAACCUUGUUUUGGGGAACAAUUUAGUAAAUUAGGUACAACAAAAUAAGUUGGUUCACACUUUUUUUUGGUAAUUUAGGUUAAGCAGUUGUACCAGUAGGAAUUGUUGAGGCCUUUAUUUUUCUGUGAUUGGAAGAAUUGUGCUUCCACCCCAGUCUGUAGUGUGUACAUAUUUGUGAUGUAAAUUUUGGUAAUUCAUUUCACUCAACGAAGCUCAAGGUUGUUGGGCUUGCCCGUAUAUGUGAAGAUGUAAGUUGAUAAUUCAAAUUACUUGAUUAUAAAGUGAAAUCACAGUAGUGAGAGGCUGUUGAUUCUAUUUA